AUGGAUAUCGACGACUUUGGCCCAAAGGAGCCUACGUGCCGUAUGCUGGAAGCAAAUGACAAGCGCGCUUACUUCAUCGUUCGCGACUGGAACCUCGAGACCGCAAACUCGCUGCGGCGCGUUAUGCUCGCCGAGGUGCCCACACUCGCGAUCGACACCGUAGAAGUUAUCGACAAUACCUCCGUGCUCGCCGACGAGUUCAUAGCCCACCGGUUGGGUCUCACCCCGCUGAUUGCAGAGGACGUAGAUAAGUUGGUGGACUUCCGAGACUGUGACUGCGAGGACUCUCGAUGUGACAACUGUUCGGUAACGCUGAGGCUGAAGGCGAAGUGCACGGGGAAUGAUGUCAUGAAGGUCUAUGCGCGGGACCUGGUCAUUGAGAGUAUGCCGCCGAGCGAUAAGCUGGGACAGCCGGUGAUCACGGACGCGGAUGGGCUGGGAAGCUGUAUCGUCAAGCUAAGGAAGGGGCAGGCAAUUGAUAUGCGGUGUAUAGCGAAGAAGGGCAUCGCGAAGGAACAUGCGAAGUGGGCACCGAGCGCGGCAAUAGGGUUCGAGUACGACCCUGCCAACAAGCUACACCACCUGGAUCUGUGGUAUGAGGGCGAUGACCCGAAGAAGGAGUGGCCUGCAGACGAAGUGCGUAUCGACCUUGACGGCGGUCCCGAGAAGACAGACGAACCGUUCAACUACGAUGCCGUCCCAGAGCGUUUCUUCUUUGAUGUAGAAACUGUAGGCGGCCUCUCACCCGACGCCAUCGUUAACAACGGUAUCAAGGUGCUGCAGCAGAAGUUGGCUUCCGUAAUCAAGGAGCUUACUGGCGUUGACGAAGCCAACGCCGGCCUCGACGGAGCGCAAAGUCCGGCCAUGGACGGUGGUUUUGGUAACGAUGGUUACGGCAAUGAUGGCGGUUAUACGACGCCAGGAUAUGGCGGCGGCAAUGCUUACGCUGGAGGUACUACUCCUUACGGCGCUACACCAUAUGGCGGAGCGCCUGGGUGGUAG